AGGAGCAAGUGUUUUUCUGUCACCACGGCUGGAGUAGAGCUAGAUGCGUCUGCAGAUUCAUCAUAGGAAUACUUUACAGAAUUGAGCUCUGCUAGCUGUCUUUGGUCAAGAUGGGCGAUCCCUGGGUUUAUUUUAGGAAUUAAUGUGAUCAUGCAAUCCUGCUUUAACCAGGACUGAACAGGACAAACUGACUGAUAGCUGAGUGACCCUCUCUUACAAAAUGACUGCUGACUUGUAAGACUAGUCUAAGCAGUUUAUGCAAGUGGCCACAGGUUUAUUGGACUCAUUUGUCUGUGUAUGAUUUGAUUUCAUGGAUCCAGGAGCGUUUGGAAGGGUGAAUCAAAUGGGGAAUCGACUGAUACAAAAGCUGUUUUUGGCGAUGUUUGUGAUUUGCAUGAUGGGUUUCUACUGUUUGAAGACAUCAACUCUCGUCGCUACACACAGUGUUUCUCUGGCCCCUUGUGCAUCAAAAGUGCGUAAAAAUUCUCAGCGAACUCUCAAAGCAGAUGCGACUUGCAGUCCUAAAGUCAACCUGAUGUUCAUGAAGACCCACAAAACGGCGAGCAGCACUUUGAUGAACGUUCUCCUGCGCUUCGGAGAAAAGCACCAGCUGAGGUUCGCUCUCCCCAAUGGCCGAAACGACUUCUUCUACCCGUCGAGCUUCUUCCGAACCCAAGUGAAGAGUUACCAGCCCGGUCUGUGCUAUAACAUCGUGUGCAACCACAUGCGAUUCAAUGCACCCGAAGUGGAGAAGCUGCUCCCGGAGGAUGCCUUCUUCUUCACCAUCCUACGAGAUCCCGCAGAGCUCUUUGAGUCUUCGUUUCACUACUACAAAGCCUACGUGCCUCAAACGUGGAGAAUCCCUGGAGGAAACCAAUUUGAGGAGUUCCUCAGUGAUCCAAACCACUACUACAACCCACAGGGAAUCAACGCUUUCUACCUCAAGAAUCUUCAGUUUUUCGACUUCGGCUUCGAGAAUAACUUGGAAGCUGGUGACGUGAGAGUCCAAGAAAGCAUCGAGUACAUGGAAAAGCGCUUUCAGUUGGUUUUAAUCUCGGACCACUUUGAGGAGUCGCUCAUUCUGCUGAAAGACGCUCUGUGCUGGCAGAUGGACGACUUGCUGUUUUUUAAACUCAAUGUUAGAAAUGCCACUUCUGUGUCUCCCAUGAGCCCUGAACUGAGGACUCGAGCUCGGGAAUGGAAUGGUGCUGACUGGCGACUUUAUCAACAUUUUAACACCACUUUCUGGGCGCUCGUGGAGGCCUACGGCCGGAGCCGAAUGGAGGAGGAAGUUAAGGAGUUGCGUAGGAGAAACGCGGAGAUGGAGGCCAUCUGUAUUGAUGGCGGAGGAGCUGUGGAGGCGGCACACAUCACAGACAGACACAUGAAGCCCUGGCAGCCCAUCGGAAAAGCUUCCAUACUAGGAUACAACCUAAAGAGCGACAUCGAGCGACAGUAUGAGGAACUCUGCAGGAAGAUGCUGACCCCCGAGAUCCAGUAUCUGACUGAUUUAGGAGUCAAUCUGUGGGUCACUAGGUUAUGGGGCUGGUUUAAGGAUAGUGUUGUUCAGUUUGGGUUGAGUUAGUGUAAUUG